AUGAAGAAAGUUCAUCAAAUUGGCGCCCGUCUCCUGUAUUGCGACACCGAUUCCUUAAUCUAUGUUGGGAAGGUUCAUGGUCCAUGUGUACCCGAAGGCGAAUCACUUGGGAAAAUGAAACGUGAAAUUCCUUCACGUCGAAUUCUGGAAUUUGUUGCUGGAGGCCCAAAGAACUAUGGCUACAGACACGUCGACUCAAAUACAGGGAUGGAUGAGAGAGCAGAGCUAAAGAUCCGGUCUUUUCCUCUCUCAUAUGCUACACAUCAACUUUUGAAUUUUGACAGCAUGAAGAAUAUUGUGCUUGAACAAUUUGAUGUUGAUGGAAUAAUGGAUGAAGCGCUUGCUGAUGACAUCUUCAACAGGACUGGUGGAAAUGGCAAUUCAAUAUGUGUGCAAUUCCCUCAGAUUGGCAGAACCCGACGAUCACAGCUUUAUACGCACAUGACAACAAAACAAUAUAGACCGUAUUAUGAAAAGGGAAGAAUAAUGCCGGGGAUGGAGACUCUUCCAUUUGGAUUCAGAGAAAUUCCGGUAUUUUUUCUUUAA